AGCUUGCAACUGCAAUAUCGAACUAUCGAUAUUAUAUUGUACAUGAGUAAAAAAUAAAGAAUAUCAAAACAGUUUAAGUUGCAAUGGAAUUUGCCGAAAACAUGGAUUUAGAAAAUGAUCGAGUGCUGAAACUGAUAUUCCCGAAUGGCGUUCCAGAAAAUCUGCGUGGCAAUCCAGAGCUAGAUAAAUAUUUGGUAAAAUUGGGAACUUGCAAAGUGGAGCAACUGAAGAAAGAGCAAACAAGGCUAGCUGAUGAGACUAAGCGUAUAUUGGAGCAAACACAAGAACUCGCCAUAUCCAAUUACAAAACCUUUAUCACGACGGCGGAGAACUCUCGUUCGAUAUUUCACGAAUUUCAGAAAGCCGAGGAGCAGGUUGACACACUUAUAGACAAACUGCCUACGUUCAGUGCCAAGUGCCAGGAGUUUCUUCAAAAAUCGGCGGAACUAACCGAGCAGCGGCGUCUGAAUAGCACAACCCUUCACAAGAAUGCUCAGCUGUUGGAGAUACUCGAGCUGCCGCAGCUGAUGGAGCGCUGCAUACGCGAAGGCCGUUACGAGGAAGCGCUUGAGCUGGCAAGCUAUGUGCAGCGGCUGGGCCAGCACCAAGGACAAACAAUACCCGUGGUGAAUAGCAUUGUGCGCUCCGUGGAGGCCUUGUGGCAUACCAUGCUCGUGCAGCUAGUGGCACAGAUGCGCAUGGAACUGCAGCUGCCCAAGUGCUUGCAAAUCGUCGGCUAUUUGCGACGCAUGCAGGCCUUUGGCGACAACGAGUUGAAAUUGAAGUUUUUACAGGCGCGUGACGCUUGGUUGACAUCGUGCCUGGACGCCAUUCCAAAAACAGACGCUCAGCAGCAUCUAACGAAGACCAUAGAAAUAACGCGAAUCAAUUUGUUUAAUAUAAUCACGCAAUACCGCGCUAUCUUUCCGGAGGGAGAGCAUGCAAGCAAGUCGGCCGGAUUGAAGCAGCUGCAUGGUGUCAGCUGCAACGGACUGCGCCUUUUUGAAGCCUGGCUGCAUAAUAAGAUAAACGCCUUUCUGUUGACACUCGAGGAAGAUUUGCAACGCGGCAUUAAUUCAAUUGAAACUGUGCUGGGGCAGUGUAUGUAUUUUGGACUUUCCUUCAGUCGCAUCGGUGCCGACUUUCGCGCAUUAAUUGCGCCCAUUUUUGUACGCGUUGUGCGUAAUAAGUUCGAGUCCAGCAUUAUUAAAGUUAAUGAAAACUUUGAACAGGAGUUGGAAAAGUUUACGCUUAUCAACAAGGUGAGCCUGCACACUCGCAAGCAGCUUGACACAACAGCUCUUUCCGGGAGUGAGCAGGACAUGGAGUCGUAUGCACCGCCAGAAACGUUGCUUGACUUUUAUCCACUUGCCGUGCUCUGCAAUGGUUAUUUGAAUGCGCUGAAUGAGCUGCGCCUUUGUGCGCCCUUUGCUGUGGCUACAGAUGUAACCUGUUGCUUGCAAAGGUCACUAGAGUUGGUGGCAAAACAAGUGCUCGCCUUCUAUCGCCAAGAACAGCAAGCGUUUACCCGCAAUGAACGCGAAACAUUCGUUAAAUUGUGCUCCUGCUUCGCGUACGACCUGGUGCCCUAUGUGCAGCGUUGCAUUCAUGGCGUGUUCCCGCCUCAGUCCAUAACCGUGCACCUCGGUAUUAGCCUGCUUCAGCUAGAGCAACACCAAUUAACCUACUUGAUGCAGGCACAAAUACUGGAACCGUUAAAGCAUCUGCUGCCUACAAAAGUACUAAUACAUUCAUCAGCACAGUCAACAACGGAGCUUAGUAAUGUGUCUAUUGCAACUGAGGGUUAAACACUUCCAAUCCCCAUCGAUAUCAUUAAAAUAAAUAUAAUUAAUACAUUUUGUUUGAGAUCCAAAAAUUAAACAAUUAGGAACUUGAAAUAGGUCUAUUUACGUUAGUUACGAAUCCUAUGCCCCUUUUCUAAAAAAUAA